AGGAAUGCACCAAUAGACUCCAUAAUGGAGCACACCUGGCUCAUCUCGCUGAUGUUCUCAGUUAUCCUUUUCGAAUCCACCCUCAGCGUAACAGAAGACUUGCUCGACCAAUACGUGAAACACGUCGAAAAAGUGAAUGGAAUAGUGUACAACGACAACAACGUAGAUUUCAAAUUCAAACCAGCGAAAGGAAGGCAUCUAACGCGCAGGCUCAGAAGCACGGAGCACACGGAAGACAUUGACAGUUUUGACAUUGACAUUGACACGCUUGACGCGAGUGAAACGAGUGAUGUUCGCGCACGCAGAGACGUCUCCAGCGACAUCUUGUGGACGCAUGCGGAAACUCUGGAUGCGGAGGGCCGGGUGGUUUUGAGGUGGCAGCCCAGGCACCAGGAACUUCUGUUCAGGAUAGAGGCGAGGACUAGGGGCUAUGUCGGGAUCGGUUUCAGUCCUGAUGGGAAGAUGGAGAAGGCCGAUAUUAUUUUGGCUUGGGUGGACGACAGGUUGAACAAGCCUGUUCUUAUGGAUUGCCAUGGAGUACCGAAAAGCCAAGGAAGCUCACCAGUAAGAGACGAAGUCGACAACUACACGUUGAUGAGGGGAAUUCAAAAUGACACUCACACCAUCAUCGAAUUCAGAAGAGCCUUCGAUACCUGUGAUCCAGACGAUUAUAUUCUAUCGGCGGAUACAGUUAGGGUGAUAUGGGCGCUGCAUGAUAACGAUCCUCAGAGGGGUGCCGAAAUGGUUUACCACGACGAACACAGGGGAUCGCAGAGCAUCCACCUCCUUGGUCCACCACCAGUGCCCAAAAUGCCCAUCGGUCAUUCCAGGCAUUGGGAUGUUGUUUUCGAAAAAUUGAAAGUUCCCAACGAGAUGACGACCAUGUACUGGUGCAAAAUCUUCAAACCGCCCACCCUCAACACCAAGCACCAUAUAGUCGGCUUCGAGCCGCUGAUCGGCCGACAGCACGUCGGCAUGGUGCACCACAUGAUCAUGCACGAGUGCCAGCUGGGCCCACAGGACGACACGGGAGUUUGGGAGGAGUACUCCAAGGAGGAGGGCAGGCUGUGCUACUCGGACAUGCCGCCCUUGUGGGACAAGUGUCUGACGCCGCUGGUCGCUUGGGCUGUGGGGUCCAAAGGUGAGAAUUUUCCUAGCCACGUAGGUUUGCCUCUCAACAACAAGAAGAACUCCUUCUACAUGCUCGAGGUUCAUUUUGACAAUCCGGCUAUGAAGAGUUCGGAAGACACCAGCGGCCUUCGAGUUCAUUAUACCAGCGAAUUGAGGGAAAAUGAGGGAGGUAUCCUCCUCACUGGGGUUGCUCCGUCGACGAUGCAUCUGAUACCUCCUUACCAGGAUGAAUACAAAACGGCUGGAUAUUGCAGCAUCGAUUGCACCAAAGAGGUUAUGCCAAAAGAUGGUAUCAAUGUUGUUUCUGUCAUGCUUCAUUCCCAUCUUGCUGCUAGGAAACUGAGAUUGAGGCAUAUCAGAGCUAAAAAGGAACUCACUCCUCUUGCGGAGGACAACUACUACGACUUCAACUACCAGCAGUCCCGCCCCUUGUCCCAGGACACGCCCAUACUACCCGGUGACGCCCUUAUCACGGAGUGCACCUACUCGACCGCCCAACGAGCCACGCCCACCCUGGGCGGGUACUCCACCAAGGACGAGAUGUGUCUGGCUUUCGUGUUGCACUAUCCGCGGAUCGAGUUGGCUGGGUGUUAUUCGAUUCCUCCGGUCAAGUCCUUUUUCGAAGCGUUGGGCGUGAGGGAGUUCUACGGGAAGGAUAUGAGCGAUAUCGAGAAGGCUCUGCUAGAGGGAAAAAUGGACUCUGAAACAGUAGCCACUACAACUCCCAAACCUUUCAUCAACAAACCAGGGGACGAACUGUCUGCAGAAGCAAAUAGAAGGGCGAUCAUCGCCCUGAGGAAUGCCAAGGAGUACAGCAUCGAAGGGGAAAAUAUAAACUCGGUCAACAUAUUCGAGAAACUGGUCAUCAAAGAGCCAUUUGAAUUCAGGAAUAUCACUUUCAGCAAUCAUCUGCACAACUUGCCAUACAACGAAACUCUCUUCACUAAAAAGCUGGAGGAAUAUUUCUACAAGGGCCUACAUAUGACCUUCUGCAGGAAACGAGAUGAUACCCUCGCGAUCAAAGAAGAUAUAGAACCACUACCAGAUUUCGAGGAAUACACACAUAAAGAAAACAUCCAGUGUAGCCAUAGAAUGAAGAUAUCGCUCACAUUACUAGAAAUGAACAAUGGCUCGAUUUCAAGUUUGAAUACAGUCAUCAAUAUUAUCCCAUUGAUGUUGAUCUCUGCUCUAUUAGGAGCCUUGUUCACAUAAAUAUCGCUCUUCAUGCUUCAUAUCGAUUUCAUUCCAAAAUUUGAACGGUAUUAUUCACAAAAGAAACUGGGGUUGUCUGAUAUUUUGUGGAAACUUGUUACACAUUCACUUUUUGAUUUUCAUCAUAGGUAUUGAUGAAAAAUUUCAAUAUUCUGACGAUAACUUCCCAUCAUUCCUUUAAUAAAGAAUAAUCGUGUGUGUGUCUCAACAACCAAAAGUAUCUAUACAGGGUGAUCCACGGUGGAUGGCCUAUUAGAAGUAUCUGGAGAACGAAAAGAAAGAACAUUCUGAAAAUUGGGAUGCUUUGAUAAUUGUGGCUGUAUUUGUCAGAAUGAAUCACACAUUUAUAAUAAAUGCUUUUUAUGCUCCGUGAACGUGAAAUAGUCUUGUAAAAUACCACUCUGUUAUGAAAAUCUCCUCAAUUCUGUCCUUAAUUGUACAGCAACACCACUAGUCCUGACGUACUCUGAACAAUGAAGCGACAGAAUUAUCUGGAAUAUUCAUAACAUCCUGAUAUUAUUGAUGACAAUUGAAUUAAGUAACUAACUGAGUUUUCCAGCGACAUAUCGGAACCUAACAUUUGAAACCAUGACAACCAAAUGAUGAACAAAUCUUUGUUGGCGUUUAUUUUUUUUUUCAAUCUUGCGUUGUCAGAAAAGUAUCCAAUCUGUGGAAAUGUCACGAUUUGGAGAGUUUUCGAGUGGAGAAAUGGAAAAAACCAUCAAUAAUAAUGUGCUCGUAUCCUUACGGAAAAUACUUUUGAUUGUCCUAACACACCUACCCACUAAGCAAAGUUGAAAGCUAUGUUCAUGCAAUGUUGAAGCAAUUACUUAAACGGAUGUUUAGCAAUAUUGCAAAGGUGAAGUUUGAUAAUGUAGCGUUGCAGCAAUAUUACAUGUAGCUGUGACAUUUCUCGAACGUUACAUUUACUUUACAUUUGCAAUAUUGCUGAACGUCCGUUUCAGUACAACCUUGCAUUAACAUAGCUUCCAAAUUUGCUUAGUGGGUAUAAGCUGAAAAUGCCAAGUCAUAAGAAGUCACUAACCAGUAACCAGUGCUCUCUGAUAAUGAGAUAAUCGAAAUUGUCUUCAAUUCUCGAUUACGAUUUCUGUUUUCUUUGUAAUUAUAUAACUUCUCUACAAAAUGUAUGACUAAUUUUUGCUUUUUUGUUGAAUACACCUAUAUUUUAACUUAUUUAAUUUAUUUAACAUUGUUUUAUUACAGAAAUUGUUUUUAUUCUUUAUACUAUCACCUGAACUGUAUAUAGUCAUUGUACAUAUCAAAUUUUACCAAAUAAUAAAUUAAGUUAGUCUAAGAGCCAAACAGUGCUGUGAAGUCAUGAUAUUCUUGUAUAAAAUUUUAAACAUAGUCGUUGUGUCAGGAGUCAGAAUUCUUAUUUUCUUGUACUUUUUUCAUUGAUUCUCCAAUUUCAUCGUGUAUACUUAUACAACUUCACUACAGAUCCUUAUUAAUCUUCGCUUGUAGUUUCUGACUCAUCAAUGGUAAGUUAAUAUUAGUAAAAGUGAUCUUAUACUUUAUCUGUAUAAUCGAUCCAUUUAUUUGUACUUUAAUAUAAAAUGAUGGUUCAUAAUUUAUGUUUUAUUAUUUAUCGACCUCCU